AUGGAAAAUUAUCAAACUUUAGUUGAGAGAGCUAAAGAUAAUAUAGUAUUGGUAGAGAUUACAUUGAUAGUCUUAGUUUUCGCAGUGUGGAUACUAAAACCAUUGAUUCUGAAUCUAAUCGAUCCCUUUAGAUUGGUCGAUAUAAGAUGUCAUUUCUGUUUAUCAUACAAUAAAAUACCUUUGAACUAUAGAAACGAAUGGACUUGUACAACAUGUGAACAAUAUAAUGGUUUCAAUAAAGAUGGAGGUUAUAAUGCAAUGUUUAAGAAUCAACAUUUAGAUCUUUUAAAUCAUGAGCUUCAAAAGAAUAGUAGCAAUAAUAAUAAUAGUAGCAGCAGCAAUAGAAUAGGUAUAAAUUCAAAAGUCGAUAAUAUAAUAUUAUGUACAAAGUGUCAGUUUAAUUUGCAAACCAAGAAUAACGACUUACAGAUGUUUGACCCUGUUAGCGAUGACAAUCGAUUGUUUCGUAACUACCAAGAUGACAGAGAGAAGCAGUUCAAGCUUUGUGAACAAUGUGAAUUCCUUGUUUCAAGCGAAAUCAGUAGAAUCAAUCGAUAUAUUGUAUCGACUCAAUACAACAAUCAAUACCUACCGGUAUCAUCUCAAUACUCAAAAUCAUACUCCACAGCACCAUACUCUGCAAAAACAACAAAGACAACAAGACAAUUACCUUUAUUUUCACUGGUUUCAUCACUAUCAAACCUUACAACCUUUUUUAAUUUCACAAUCUAUACUAUCAUUAUUGUAUUUGCAAUAGGCAAUCUUUUAAAAAUUAUUCAUAGACUAGAAAGAAUAAGGAAUAGUGUAAUAGUUAUCAAUAGUACAAUAACAAAUUCGUCUUCUUCGAAUAUUAUUAGUAGUAAUAGUAGUAGUAAUAUUAAUAGUAGUAAUAUCAAUCAAAGUCCGACAAGUAGUAGGUCUAGAAAUAUCAUUAAAAAUGGAAUUGAUCACAAUAACUCGACAGAUAACAAAUAUAGCUACAAUAUUCAAGAUAAUAGGAUAAAUAUAACAAAGAAAGCACCUUUUCAAGUAGAUUUCACAAGCGAUACCGAUUUAUUGGCAGUGACAUUUAAUUCAAAGGAUGAAUCAAAAAUAGCUCAUCGAAUAUCAAAAUUAGAAUUAAGUGAUGGAGAAGAGCAACAGAGUAGCGACAACAUCUCAAUCGAUAGUGAGGGCAAAACAAUCCAAAGCAAACUGUCAAGCACAUUUGAAUACAUUUUUAGUGCGUCAAGCAAUAGGUUUUACCAAAUCUUAAGAUCAUUAUCAAACUACAAACAAUUUAUCAUUGGAUUUACACUUUGUUUAAUCAUUCAAUAUAUUAUAUUCAACAAAUCAUCAAUAAAACAUUAA